CUUCCUGGAUAGAUCGCUCUUUGAUUGUCGCUAAGCAGCGGCUGUAUAGCCGUACUCUCUACGAGUAUCCUCGAUGGCGAGCUCGAGAAGCAAUGGGUCAAACCUCUCGCCUUAUCUCCGCAUGUCCAAUCAGCUUGUCAAAGAGCGAGAUGUUGGUGUCGGCUACUGCUCGAACACGUAGACGUUGCGGUCGAUUGAUUUGCUAUUUGACCGACUGUGAGGAGAUGCGCAGCAGACUUGCGAUGCUGCAACACAUUGAGGGCUGCGUCGCCAGCCACUCGGAAGUGCUGCGAGAAUGGAAGUGCAGAGGGGAUCUCCUCGCCUGCGGGUUGCAGAAGGUUAGUGAGGAACCGCAUCCGCAAUUUUUCCUUCAAGCUGAUGGGAAGCACCUGUUCCAACCCUUAGUAGGUGCGAUAAUGCGAUCUGAGUGGCUUUUCCGACAAAUGUUAGAUGUUAAGAUCGUGACACCGACCUUGCUAGGGGAGAGGUCGGCUUAUGGCAAGUCGGUAAGUACUGCAUGGGUGUAAAAAAGUGAUGCUGAAACUCAGCUUGCGACAAGAGCACGAAGGAGGCGACAUGCAUGCCCAGCAAUGAGGAAAAAAGGAGCAAAACCUCAGAUCAUACACCGAAGUGUACUUUGCUCAGGGGGAAGCCUCCGCCGCGGAACGCAGACACGACUUUCAUUACCCGGCAGUCCCAACCGAGCUACAAUGCAAGAUGCUAUAUGCGUCGUCCAGGCCCAUCUUACGACAGGUCCAUCA